CUGACUGUCAAAGGCGCUCGGAACAUCUGAAGGAGCGAUUGUACGCGCAGAUCAAACAGCGAUGCGUCACGAGUGCUCUCCAAAGCGACUUGUAGUUUUGGGUUUGUUUUAAGCGGGAUUUUCAGGGACUUUUAUCAACUAUUGCCCCCGAUCUCCGUGUGUGCUGGUUUUGCUGCUCCAAGACCUACGAAAUGCCGAGUUUAAGCGGGGUUUUGAAGCUGUAAACUGCGGUUGUUGUCGUGAUAUCGCCCUCGUUACAAACUUCACCGCAGGAGCAACACGUUUGGCUCGGAAAGUAUGGUGAACAAUCAACCCUCAGCCCCCAGGUCGUGUGCCGGAUGUGGGGGGAAGAUCGCCGACCGCUUCCUUCUCUUCUCCAUGGAGCGCUACUGGCACACGCGCUGCCUCAAGUGCUCCUGCUGCCAGGCCCAGCUCGGAGACAUCGGCACCACCUGCUACAGCAAAGGGGGCAUGAUCCUGUGCCGGAGCGACUACAUCAGACUCUUUGGGCACAGCGGGGCGUGUGCUGCCUGUGGCCAGUCUAUCCCAGCCAACGAGAUGGUGAUGAGGGCACAGGGAAAUGUUUACCACCUUAAAUGCUUCAGCUGUGCCACCUGCAGGAACAGACUGAUGCCGGGCGAUCGCUUCCACUACAUCAACGGAAACAUCUUCUGUGAACACGACAGACCCGGAGCCGCCCUGCUCUCCAGCCACCUGCCCCCCCUGCAGAGCAACUCAGUGCUCACGGACCAGAAGGUCUGCUGAGCGAAUACAAUUUUCUAUCUCCAGCCAUUUUCCCCAACCUCCAAAACUUCUUCUGCUACUAUGAAACGUGGGCCUCCAUUUUGGCUCUACACACCCUUGUUUUUCCGAAGAGGACGCACUUGCCACCACAACAAACUCCUACUACUCCAAUCAUCUUUCAUUUAAUUUGUGUUCAAUGUUUGGAAGUCGUCUGUGCAAAUUUUCGGGGACUAGAGUUGCAAAAACGCUCCCAGUAGACUCGACUAAA